AUGUCCAAUCUAUUCUGCUGCACCACAAUCCAACCAACCAAACUCCCAAAUCCUGAACACGAGCAAACCUUUACGGAGUUCACCAAAUGGGCCCUGACUACGAUCGGAAACCUAACAGGAUCCACCAAUCCUUCCGAAGCAAGCCUAUGCGUCCAGCUCGUGUCGCAAGUGAACAGCGGCUCCGUUGACUCUGUCCGGUACUUUGUCGCCGGUGACAAGCACGGGAAUUUCGAAGAAAUUUCUGAAGACGAUGUUCUGGAUGCCAAUUUCGUGAAGAUUAAUGAAUGCAAAUCCUUCAUAUGCACCAAACACAACCGAGUCUUCGAUCUCAACCUCUACGAACCGAGUACGGGAAGCACCCGUCAUUGGCGAUCCAGUAUUACGAAACCACUCAAGCAGAUCGAGAAUGCCUUGAAACAUAGAAUGUCGGGAUCUGGAUCUGGAUCUGGAUCUGGAUCGCGGUCCGUGUCAGGAUCAAGAUCUGCUCUGAAAUCUACGCCGGGAUCUGGUGUGGGAAAUCAAGCUAGCUCAAGUUACGGCUACGGAUCUGGGAUGGGAUAUGGCUCCGGCUGGGGAUCUCAUUUAGGAUCUGGUUGUGGACCUGACUGGGGAACUGGGACAACGGUUUUCGUCAAGGAUGGGCCGUCUUCGACUACUGUUGUUGAGACUGGGUCUAGUGAUUCUAAUUCUAAUGGACAAGACCAAGACCCAGACCAAGAUAGCGACAAAGAUCAGCCUCUUCCAUCUUCGCCUACGCUCGGUGAUGAGACAGCUCAAGAUGAUGACACUGACGCAUAUUCGGCUCGCUUUGGGACCCAGAUUACUUCCAACGACGAAGAAGGUACGAUUCAGAGCUACUUGGAUACCGAGGACCACGGGUGUUAUUAUUCCGGGGUCUCUUCUCAUGACUAUGGCAGCUAUGACUGCGGUGGAGGGGACUAUGAUGUUUCGUACGAUUGUGGAGAUUGUGGAGGUUGUGAUGAUUGA